AUGUCAUGUUUCCGUCUUCCCCUGGCUCUUUGUCGUCUUUUAGAUAAGCAUGUGGCCGGUUUUUGGUGGGGUGCUGAGGACGGUAAUCCCAAGAUUAGAUGGGUGUCCUGGAGUAGUAUGUGCAGGAGUAAGCAUGAUGGGGGGAUGGGAUUCCGCCAGUUCAAGCAUUUCAAUCAAGCUCUUUUGGCUAAGAUAGGCUGGCGUAUUCUCAAUGAACCUCAAUCACUUAUUGCUCAGGUCUAUAAAGGCAAGUAUUUCCCUCAAAGAUCUUUCCUGACCGCGACGGCUAGGUCUCGUCCCUCUUGGGUGUGGCAAAGCAUCCUUCAUGGGCGUCAGUUAUUGGAGAGGGGUUUGAGAUGGCAGGUUGGUAAUGGACAAUCGGUCUCUCUCCUGCAUUCUAACUGGAUUCCUAGGUGCCAACUAGAUCCCCCAGGCUAUAAUCCGCGAAUCUUGCCAGAGGGGGGUGAUCCUUUGGUGGCAGAAUUAAUUAGUGAGGGGGGAGGGAGGUGGUCUGAUGAGAAGCUCAGUCAAUGGUUUGACCCGCCCACCUGUAAGGCUAUCAAAGCUAUCCCUCUUCCGCGUUGGGAUGUGCCGGAUAAGCUUAUAUGGCAUUUUACGGCUGAAGGGGUCUUCUCGUUUAAGUCGUCUUAUCAUCUGGCUGUCGAUUUGCACAGAAGGAGGGGUGGGUGGCGAUCCUCGGUUAGCUGGAUGGAUAAGCCGAGUUGGGUUAGAAUUUGGGAGGCGAAGAUCCCUCCGAAGUUGAAGGUUUUCCUUUGA